AGCCUAGGACCGCUCCCCCCGGCCCAUCCUCUCAUCCCCCUCCCCAUCCUCCUCCUCCUCCCCUCCUCCUCCUCCUCCCGGGGAAGAUUAUGAGGGAAACAUGAGGCUGAUGCGGCGCUGGGUUUGGGGGGCUUCCUUGGUCCUGCUCCUCCGGCCAGGUCCGGGGUGUUGGGGGUCCCCUCCGGACGGAGCCCUACGGUGGGGAGCAGUGGGUCCAGCCUCCCAACUGACCCGGCCCAGCCGCCUGGUGCGAAGCCGGGCCGGGCCCGAAGUCCGCAACCCCCGGCUGGACACCCGGGUCCGCAAGGAGCCUCCCCGGGGCCCGACAGAGCACCUGGCUCGGGUGAGUUUCCUCAUUCAGGCCUUCAGUUUGGCCUUCAUCCUGGAUCUGGAGCUGAAUCACCACCUCUUGUCUUCCCAGUACGUGGAACGCCACUUCGGUCACGACGGGAGCAUGCGGCACAGCUCGGGGGCCGGAGAGCACUGCUACUACCAGGGCCGACUGCGUGGAAACCCACGGUCCUUUGCCGCCUUAUCCAGCUGCCAGGGGUUGCAGGGUGUCUUCUCAGAUGGAAACUUUACCUACACACUGGAGCCUCAGGAGACUGCCUCGUCGGAGGGACCCGUUCCCCACCUCAUCUACCGGUCCCCCGCUUCCCGCCCGGCUGUGGGCUGCACAGAGCCAGGGUGCCCGCUUGACGCCCCCGGCCUCCGCCUGGCUGCCCCGUCCCGGGCCCGACUAAGGAGGAAAAGGCAGGUACGACGAGGACAUCACACGGUCCACAGCGAGACCAAGUACGUGGAGCUGAUCGUCGUCAACGAUCACCAGCUGUUUGAGCAACUGCGCCAAUCCGUCAUCCUCACCAGCAACUUUGCCAAGUCCGUGGUGAACCUGGCCGACGUGAUGUACAAGGAGCAGCUGAACACCCGCAUCGUGCUGGUCGCCAUGGAGACCUGGGCGGCGGGGGACAAGGUCCGGGUGCAGGACGAGCCGCUGGACACGCUGGGCCGCCUCAUGCGCUACCGGCGAGAGGCCAUGCCCGAGCCCAGCGACGCCGUCCACCUCUUCUCGGGCAGGACCUUCCAGAGCUCUCGCAGUGGCACGGCCUACGUCGGGGGCAUCUGCUCCCCAGCGAGGGGAGGGGGCGUCAACGAGUACGGCAACGUGGGGGCCAUGGCGGUGACGCUGGCCCAGACCCUGGGCCAGAACCUGGGCAUGAUAUGGAACACGCACCGCACCUCGGCAGGGGACUGCAAAUGCCCGGACACCUGGCUGGGCUGCAUCAUGGAGGACACCGGGUAUUACCUGCCACGCAAGUUCUCCCGCUGCAGCCUGGACGAGUACAGCCGGUUCCUGCAGGAGGGCGGCGGCGGCUGCCUCUUCAACAAGCCCCUGAAAAUGACCCCUGACCCCCCGCCCCAGCUCCUGGACCCUCCGGAGUGCGGGAAUGGCUUCGUGGAGGCCGGAGAGGAGUGUGAUUGCGGCUCGCUGGCGGAGUGCGCACGUGGAGGCGGCCGAUGCUGCAGGAAAUGCACUUUGACGCACGAUGCCAUGUGCAGCGACGGGCUGUGCUGCAGGGGCUGCAGGUACGAGCCUCGAGGGGUGUCGUGUCGCGAGGCGGUGAACGAGUGCGACAUCCCGGAGACCUGCACCGGAGACUCCAGCCAGUGCCCCCCUAACCUGCACAAACUGGAUGGCUACUACUGUGAAAACGACCAGGGUCGUUGCUAUGGAGGUCGCUGCAAAACCCGGGAUCGCCAGUGUCGGGCUCUCUGGGGCCAAGGUACCGCCGACCGGUUCUGCUACGAGCGGCUGAACGUGGAGGGCACCGAGCGGGGCAACUGCGGGCGGAAGGGAUCCAGCUGGGUCCAGUGUAAUAAGCAGGACGUGCUCUGCGGCUUCCUCCUCUGCGUCAACAUCUCGGGGACCCCCAAGCUCGGGGACUUGAGCGGGGACAUCAACAGCUUCACGUUUUACCACCAGAGCAAGGAACUGGACUGCAGAGGGGGGCACGUGCAGCUGGUGGACGGCUCGGACCUGAGCUACGUGGAGGACGGGACGCCCUGCGGCCCCAACAUGCUCUGCCUGGAUCACCGCUGCCUGCCGGCCUCCGCCUUCAACUUCAGCUCCUGCCCCGGAAGCUGGGACCGAAAGAUCUGCUUCGACCACGGGGUCUGCAGCAACGAAGGCAAAUGCAUCUGCCACCCGGACUGGACGGGCAAGGACUGCAGCGUCUACGACCCCCUGCCCGCCCCCCAGCCCACGGGCGAGACGGAGCGCUACAAGGGGCCCAGCGGCACCAACAUCAUCAUCGGCUCCAUCGCCGGGGCGGUGCUGGUGGCGGCCAUCGUGCUGGGCGGCACCGGUUGGGGAUUCAAGAAUAUUCGGCGCGGCAGGUAUGACCCGACCCAACAGGGGACAGUGUGACCCCUCCGCCUCCAUCGUGUCCAUCCCACCUGCCCAUCCCUCGCCGUCUGCGUCCCAUCCAUCCUCCCCGAGUGGGCCGGAGGGAGGGGUCCCGGCCCGGGCCCACCUCCGGCGUCCUCCACCGCGGGGGCACCUCCCCAACUCCUCCAUCCCUGGUCCCCCUCUAGGUCUUUCCCUGACCUCCCGACUGGAGGCCGAAGCUCCCCGCGUCACCCCCAAAGCCCCCCAUACCGUCCCCGAGACCCCCCAGGCCUCCCCCGAGGCCUGUCCAUCCGCGUCGUCUCCAUCCCAUCGCAUUCGAUGUCAUCCCCGUUGUCCACACUCUGGUUCUGGGCCUGCUUCCGCUCCCAGCCCCUGCCCCGGUGGAGGGGGCGUUGGGGGGGGGGGUCCCGUCGCCCCCUUCCCCUCCCGCGGUCCGUCGCCUGAGCCCCUC